UGUUUGUGUCAGGGCUGGAGUGUGAGUCAACGGCAGAGUUGGGGACACAUCUCAAACCCCAGUGCUCUGGUCCAGUUCCUCGAUAACGCUGCAUCCUUCUUCGUUGCAGGCUUGGAAGAUGGCAACGCUCAUGGUAAUUGCCUAUGUGGUAGGCGACUAAAGACAAAGAGAAGGAAAGAAGAGCGUGCCAACAACAGGGGCAGAAACAACUCCUUCAAUUUUCCUGUUAGUAACCUUUGCUGCAGAUACUCUUCUGCAGAGUUCAGUGGGAAACUGAGCUUUUCCUUGAUGCUUGGGCUGAAUCCCUCUUUGGUUCCUUUUCAAAUAGCCCAGGCAUUGGCAAUCAGCACCUUACGUCCUCCAAAGGGGCACCUGGGACACAGGGUGGGAGGAGGCAGCAGACAAGAAGGUGUUGCGCUCCAAGAGCAGCUCCUUGGAUGUUAGCAGACCCGAGGAUAUCUCAUCCCCCAGCAGCGUUACUCUAGGUGCUACAAGGUAGGCCAGCACGGCCUCUGACCGCAGUACACACCUCCUCUUGCUCCCUGCCCCAAGGACGAGAUGGCUGCCCUCAUUGCUGAAAACUUCCGCUUCCUCUCCCUGUUCUUCAAGAGCAAAGACGUGAUGAUUUUCAAUGGCCUGGUGGCCCUGGGUACAGUGGGCAGUGAGGAGCUUUUCUCGGUUGUGGCCUUCCACUGCCCCUGCUCCCCAGCCCACAAUUACAUCUAUGGCCUGGCCGCCAUCGGUGUCCCGGCCCUGGUGCUCUUCCUCAUCGGCGUCAUCUGGAACAACCACACCUGGAACGUGGUGGCCGAGUGCCACAAGCGAGGCACGAAGAACUUCUCUGUCGCGGCCACCUUCCUCCUCUUUGGUUCCAUCAUGGGCCGGGCCGCUGUGGCACCCGUCACCUGGUCAGUCAUCUCGCUGCUCCGUGGGGAGGCCUACAUCUGCGCCCUCAGCGAGUUCGUCAAGCCCACCUCCCUGGAUAAGUUUCCGGCCGAGUACGGGGCCGAGGCCCUGGCCAGGUUCCCCUGUAAAGAUAUCCCAGCGAACUUGACCAAGUUUAGGGACGAAGUGACCAGGAGGCUGAGAUACGAGUCCCAGCUCUUCGGCUGGCUGCUCAUCGGGAUAGUUGCAGUCCUGGUUUUCCUUACCAAGUGCCUGAAGCACUGCUGCUCCCCACUGAGCUACCGGCAGGGGGCCCGACGCACGGCUGAGAUCCACUCUAGGGUCCUGGCGGCCAAGAACGUGAAGCACUUCUUUGGCUUCGUGGCCCUGGACAAGGAGGAGAAGGAGCUGGUGCAGGAGUUCCCCGUGGAGGGUGUCCAGCCGAGCACCCAGUGGAACGCCAUCACCGGAGUCUACAUCUACCGGGAAAACAAGGGCUUCCCUCUCUACAGCCGGCUCCAUAAAUGGGCCAAAGGGGUGGAAGGCAAUGGGCCAAGCCCUGAAGGCCACGAAAUGCUCUUUCUGGCUUCCUAAGGCAGGCAGGUGAAAAGGGAUCAACAGCCUCAGGGUGCAGACUGAUAAGCAAUUCACUAAGCCGGGGAACCCCUCCCUCGGAGACAACUGUCUUGCUGCUUCUCUCAGAGAGAUGAUUGGAGCAAAGAGCAGAUGCGCACCUUAUCUCCAGGCUGCUGGUGCGCCCUGCUGUCUCCUGCACCAGCAGAAACUUCGUGGAAGUAAACGGUGGGCACGAUUCGUUUCUAAUUAUGACUGCUGCAAGUCUAACUUGUCUCCUCCACCGAGGGGGUGGUACCAGCUCAUCACACGCACGUGCUUGUUUUACUGACGCCAGUAUCUUGUCGCACAGUUUUGCGGUGCCUGUUAUGCACAGGUCCCAGAGCGCUUUACAGACUGCACAGUGCAGGGAGAGAAGGAGGCAGCGGAUAAAUUCCUGUGGCAACUGGGAUGCAAUUGCAUCUGGGAAGGAAGGGGUCAGUAACACACCAGCACACCGAAUAUCUGAAAGACAAAGGCAGGAGGAACCACUGAAAUUCCCAGUAUUUAGAGAGAGACUCCGUAAUUACCGAGUUGGAAUUUGGGUGGGACACCAAACUCCCUUUGUCCUUACUGGAAGUGCCUUGGAAUUUUAAAUGAGCCCAGUCACAACCAAGAGCUUAUAAACUGUUCAUGAACAGCAUCAUCAGCCAAAUAGCUCUCAUCCAGGCUAGCUGCUGGACGCUCAGAGGGAACAGUACGUGGAGUGAAUCACACCAGUUGUCUGUAGCUCACUGAAUUUCUUCUCCAACCAUUUACGAGAUCAGGUUGCGUGUUGUAGCAAGAUCGCAACCAGAACCAGUUAUAUACAUGUAACUAUACCAUAUGAGCAUGGUUAGUUGGCUAUACAAAGUAAGCAUCUUUCAGAGAACGAGACCAGAAACUUGCUAGCCAAAAGACCACUUUACCCUCUCUGCCGCCGAGACUGCAACCCUGCAGUGACAAGAAUCAGUGGGAACGGGAUGCAGAGAGCAGCCCUCCACACCACUGAACUUUCUUAAACUCCUUCCAUUGCCUUAAGUGGUCCCUGCAGCAGACAGUCUGUUUUAGGGUCUCAGCUGUACUCUGAAAGUGAGGCCACAUAGGUGUAAAAUUACUGCUCUCACUGUGCUGAGGCUUCAAGCCUGUUCUUGUGGCACUGCAGUCUCCUGCUCCUAAGGGUCAGCCCUGUAUUGCCAAUACCAUUUUAAGAGUUGGCAGAACAAUGGAGUUUGGUUUUCCUAUUUGUAGUGUUUCUUUAUAGAUAAAGCUUCCUUUAGUUUUAUACUGUGCCUUUUACUGAAAAGCCUUAAAUUGUUUAAAAAGCAUGACUCAACUCCACUGAACUGAGACAGGCUUAAAUUCAAAGAGAUUUGAAAUAAAUUAUUAA